AUGGCCAAUUUGCAAGGUUAUAAUCAACACACCGAGCCCGAUGACCAUCUCAUCGGUAUGCUCGUUUGUCGUCUAUCGGUGAUUUCCUCCCUCGUGGGCUCUGGAAAAUCUCGCAAUGAGGCUGAGGUUUAUUUCGAAAAUGCUUUCCAAACAAUCAACUGGAAUGGAAUGAUGACUUCGCUCGAGGUCGCUGAAGGUCCUCCUCGGGCAACUAUUGAAGAAGCCAACGAUGCUCGAGACCAAGUGGUCACGCUCAUAGGACAGACUUAUAGAGCCUGUCCUGAGUCACGAAGACUUGCGCUUCUACGGGGCCUCGCCGAUAUCUUCUCAUCCGCUGCUUCUGGACAAGCCCGUCGAGAAAACGAAGAGAUAUUGAUUACGGAAACCCCCCAGUCGAGUGCUUCUAGUCCAGCUCACUCGGAGCCUAGCCAAGAUAACGACCAUUCAGUUGCUAUCCAUCGGUAUACUUGUCUCUUACAUGAGAGGGCCCAGAGAGAGAAUAAGAGACUGCAGAAAAUUGAGGAGGCAAUUACAAUUGACCCCCCCCUCUGUUCAGAGUAA